AUGGCGCGUUUGCCGAACGACAUCAACCUGGAUGAUUUGAGCCCCGACCUUUUCCUCGAGCUGGAUUGGGUUUCUUCUGAUUCCAUUUAUUCCCAAUCGCCGCUUGGUCGUCAGCCUGCCGCUGUUGCAGAGACAUCUAUGUCUCCUGCAGCUCAACAUGGAUACGAUCCGUACGAAUCAUUCGCGCCGGUUGGUGAACAUUUCACCGCGGCAUCUCCCUCGACCCAGCGACGGCCGAAUCAGAAUACCACACAGUAUUUUGCUGCCAACAACAAUAACUCUCGGGCCCUAGAUACAGCUUUUGACGGCUUCAUGGAUCACACCACACAUACCACCCCUCUCGUGGCUUCUCCCUUGACGUAUCCCCGACAAAACCAGAACACCGCGCAGUAUUUUGCUGCCAACAGCAAUAAUCCUCAGGCCCUAGCUGCAGCCUUUGACGGCUUCAUGGAUCACACCACACGUACCACCUCUAUCGUGGCUUCCUCGCCUGGGCAGCCACCACCCUGGCAGCAGCCUUCCUACCCAGGAGUCACUGCUCUAGGUGCUGUAAGCAAUGGCUUCACCAAUGGUGGGAUGGCCCACAGUCCUAACCACGGACUUGAACAAGUUAACCCAGACACCAUUCUUCGAUGUGAUUGGCCGGGCUGUACAUACACUGGCACGUUCACAGUUAAGGGAUCACUGAAGCGCCAUCGUGAUGAGCAGCAUACUUCCCCGCAGUCUUUCCCUUGCCCAAUAUGUGGCAAGCCCUAUUCCCGAAACUCUCAUCUGACCUACCACCAGUUGAAGACUCACGGGAUACGAGCUUGAGUUUAAUGAAUAUGGCAUUGGGAUUUGUAAUUUGGAGCAUUGAGGUCUGUCUAUGGGGUUGUAUCAGCUGGCGCUAUAAUUGGGUUUGUUUACGGAAUCGGUGCGGCGAUAAGGCUAGGAAUUAUUGUUUCUAUCGACAGGAGCACGGGAUAUUUAGAUUUUUGGAUUCAUGGGAUUAUGGGAUUAUGGGAUGCAUGAGAUAUAUGGGAGAAUGUAUACAGCUGGAUGAAAUAUUGAUAUUUGCUAUAGUGAAC